AUUUGUUGGGCUUCCUUUUCGGGACGGCUUCCGUUCCCAAGCCUGCAUCACUUGACUAUUGCAGCAGCUAUAACGGACAGCAGCAGCAGCAUCAUGUGAGUAUCGUUUAUCACCCGUUGCAGAGGUAUUAGUGUACGAUGGAUACACGCACAACUGUAAUGAGUACGUAGUACGAGUACCGUAGUACUCAGUAAUGGAGUGUUCGGUGUUGGCCACGACGUCCGGAUGGAGUCUGGAAAUGACGACGUAACAAAUAGGCAUGACCAUCAUGAGCAUCGGACAGGUCAUCAGCAACAGCGUUCAGCGCUUAGCCGAGGAUUACAACGGGUUACAUGGGAACCGCUAUAGUCAUCUGUUCAUUUUACCGGGUAGAACAUCACCGGGAGCGACACUUAGUUGAUAUCCAGAAUAUGCCCAACGAGCGAGAGCGAAGAGCGAAGAGCGAAACACAUCGACAAAUGAGUAUUGUUACUAUUAUUCGUUACCAACUCACUGUCUCUACCAAAUGACCUGCUUAUCCCAUCCUGUCUAGCUCUUUUCGCCUCUUCUGAGCCAAACCCAUCGACUCCAGACAUAGAUCAGAAAUAAUUGACUCUCAUUCAAACAAAAAUGUCUGACGAAUCAAAAUAUUAUCAUCCAGCGACCACGGGAGAAGACUUGGCUUCUUCCUCGCUCAAACUUCACGACAAUUACAGUCAAGGAGAUAUCCAGCUACUCUCAGCAGACAGUGUCCUUUUUAUAACUUACGCAUGGAGGCUUGCUCGUGCGAGUGCUGUGUUUCGCGACAUGAUGGAAGUAACUCAGCCUUCGACUGUAGUUGAUUCUUCUUUCAACUCCUCCGGUUUGCCCACCAUGAACAACAAAGAGCCCAUUGAGAUCGGUCACACUUCCGCGCUCCUUGAACGUUUUCUUGAUAUCAUAUCAUUAUCUGACCAGAACAUGAUAGAAGUCCCUUACGGAGAGGCAGCGGGCAUGUUCGACUUGUGCGAUCAGUUCGAUUUCGACAAGAAGAUUGUAGAUAAAAUUCGCCAACAAGUGAUUAAGCAAGGUCACUCUAAUCCCUGGGAGCUUUUGAUACUAGGGUCGAAGCUCGAUGACAAAACAAUGGGCUUGCAGGCUCUGCGUAUGAUGGACCAUGAUAUUUUCAUCAAGGGGAAGCCGGGGCAUAAGUUCUGGGCCACCAUGGAAGAGCUGGAAAAUGGAUGGAGGCCAAAACUAUUGGAUCUGGUAUUCAAGGAUCCAGGAGAGAUUGCCGGUGCGCCUGAGCCUUUCCCUCAUGAUGCCUCUCGUCCUUCUAUAUUCGGGUCACAGCACGCUUCACGACCAUUACCUGUCAGUUAUCGGGCACCAUAUACUCCCGGUCGAUCGAACUCGUCUUCCACUGUGCUGUUAUUCAAGGACAAUAACUGGGCUUCAAUCUGCGAGCGAUUCUUGUUCAAACAAUGAUGAUUACUUCCGAUACGCCAUGGUAUCGAUAUCGGCAAGUACAAGGCCUCCAGCCGCCGUCAUUAUUGCCAUAUGCUUUAUAAACUGCACAGUGCUUCAUGCAAUUGGCGGAUGGUUCCAAAACCCUCCAUUCAUGAUUGUAAGAUCAGGACCAUGCACUGUUGUUCGAAACAUGCGCACCUGUACUAAAAAGCCACCCUUUGAAGCCUCUCGAUCUUAGGUUACUGCGACUGAGGCGAGAUGGGUGAAGGUUGCGGGCUAUAUUUGUACAUUAACUGCUGUACGAAACUGUAAGUGCAGGUUGACUGCCUUUGUUUUCGGAAAGAAAAGUCAAUUCAAUCCACCCGCUGUUGAUCAAACGGUUCCUCUGCUGUGCUGCUGGCAAUGGCUGUUAUUAUUCAUCCUCCUGCAAGUCCUAUUCCUACUGCUCCGCUCCGUAAUCUAGACUGUGGCUGGUGAGGGGCAGAGUUGCUACAUUAGACUUCUAUGCCGUCUCAUCCUGUCCAACCAUAAAUGCCUGCUAUAGCCGGCACGCCCAACUUUUUCCAUUUAAUCCUGCCUGUAUCACUUUAAAUUUUGGUUGAUGAUGUGACAUAUGCGCAAAUACAACUAUCGAAAGCUCAAUGCAUAUGGUGCUG